AUGGAGAAUGCUUUAUCCUGGGGAAAAAAUGUGGUCAAAUAUGGUGUCUCUCUGAUAAAAUUAGAAGAAACUGAACUAAAUGGAAGAAGUAACCAGUCUGUAGUGUCUGAAUUUAUCUUUCUUGGGCUGUGUGAUUCAUGGGAGCUCCAGGCCUUCCUCCUAGUGAUAUUUUCUUCACUUUAUUUAAUCACCAUUUUAGGCAACAUCUUCAUUGUUCUUCUAAUUACUGCUGACCUUCAUCUCCACUGCCCUAUGUACUUCCUGUUAGCCAAUCUUUCAUUCAUUGACUUAUGCCUUUCAUCAGUUACCACUCCUAAAAUGAUUACAGACUUUCUCAAGGCAAAUAAGACCAUCUCCAUUAGAACAUGCAUGUGUCAGAUUUUUUUUGGACAUUUUUUUGGAGGGGGUGAGAUGGUGCUUCUUGUGUCAAUGGCCUAUGACCGUUAUGUGGCCAUCUGUAAGCCACUCCAUUACUCUAGCAUUAUGAACACACAAAUGUGCAUUCGGCUAGUGAUGACAUCAUGGAUCAUUGGCUUUGUGCAUUCAAUUAGCCAACUAGCUAUAAUUAUACAAUUGCCUUUCUGUGGACCCAGAGAAUUGGAUAGCUUUUUCUGUGAUAUUCCAUUGGUGAUCAAGCUAGCUUGCAUGGACACUUAUAUUUUAGAAAUGUUGAUAAAUGCUGACAGUGGGGUACUUGCCACCAUUUGCUUCAUUCUGUUGCUGAUCUCUUACUCUUAUAUUCUGUUUACUCUCUGCCAUCAGUCGAAGGAUGGGGCAUCCAAGGCUCUCUCCACUUGCACUGCCCACAUCACAGUGGUCGUGUUAUUCUUUGGGCCCUGUAUCUUCAUCUACCUGUUUCCACUCAACAUCACUUGGGUGGACAAGUUUCUUGCUGUAUUUUAUGCAGCCAUCACACCACUACUAAAUCCAGUUAUUUACACUUUAAGAAACAAAGAGAUUAGAAAUGCCAUUAAGAGACUAUGA